AACUGUUUGGCCACACCUCCAGGAAGUAAAGAGCACCUGACAUGUCAGAAGAUCCUCACAUUCUCAUGCAUAUAUCUCAGCCACUUUCUGAGCUUUUAACUUCAGAAAAUACUCGUUGUGUCUGUCCUGCGCAUGUCUCAUUGAUAUAAGUAGUUUCUACCCAGUGUCAGAAGUGUCCGGCUCCAUGGCCGGUUCUGUCCCCACUGUGUCGGAGCUGUUCGCGGUGGCUCGGCGGCGGUACGAGCAGCUGUUCGGGGGGGAUGCUCCGCUCAUAGCGGUCUGUGCCCCAGGGAGGGUGAACCUGAUCGGAGAGCACACCGACUACAACCAGGGCUUCGUGCUGCCGAUGGCACUGCCCCUGGUGACUGUGGUUGUAGGGAGUCAAACCUGUGGCCGGGAUGUUACCGUGGUAACAGCGACUGAGGAUGCUGAUGAGCCCCACAGAGUGGACUUCAGCCUGCCUGCUGAUGGGGCCCCGCUGGCUCCAGGGUUACCCUGCUGGGCCAACUACGUGAAGGGUGUUAUCGAGCAUUACAGGGCUCCUCCUGUCCCGGGGUUCAGGGCGGUGAUAGCCAGCAGUGUCCCCCUGGGGGGGGGCCUGUCCAGCUCUGCCUCUCUGGAGGUGGCAUUCUACACAUUCCUGCAGCAACUCCAGCCAGAUGACGGAGACAAGGUUUCCAAAGCGGUGGCCUGUCAGCAGGCAGAGCACUCUCACGCUGGAGUCCCGUGCGGCAUCAUGGAUCAGUUUGUGUCUGUUCUGGGCAGGGAGGGCCACGCCCUGCUCAUCGACUGCAGGUCCCUGGAGGCCACCCCUGUCCCUCUGGCAGACCCAGGCCUAAUCAUUCUCAUCACCAACUCCAACGUGAAGCACUCUCUGAGCAGCAGUGAGUAUCCCCUGAGGCGCCGGCGCUGUGAGGAGGCCGCCUCCGCCAUGGGGAAGAGCAGUCUCAGAGACGCCACCAUGAAGGACCUGGAGGAGGCCGGCGACAGAGUGGAUGAGGUCACCGUCCGCAGAGCGCGUCAUGUGAUUGAGGAGAUAGAGAGGACGGUCCAGGCUGCUGAGGCUCUGAGGAGAGGAGAAUACAAAGUGUUCGGCAGGCUGAUGGUGGAGAGCCACAACUCACUGAGAGACCUAUAUGAGGUGAGCUGCAGGGAGCUGGAUGAGCUGGUGUCUGCCGCCCUGGAGGUGGAGGGGGUGUAUGGCAGCCGGAUGACGGGCGGAGGGUUUGGAGGAUGCACCGUGACCCUGCUGCAGGCUGGCGCCAUCGACAGGACUAUACUGCACAUACAGGAGCGAUACAGUGGAACCGCGACUUUCUACGUCACAACUCCUUCAGAGGGAGCUCGGGUCCUCAGUCUGCCCUGACCUUUAUCAACACAUCUCUGACUCAUUCCUUUUUCAUAUAUACAGCAUUUCAUAUUUGGUUUUUCUUCUCAAUUAUCAUUAUUCAAAAUGACAUGUUUUGCAUACAAAAAGUGCCUUCACAGUAAAGCAUUUAUUAGUGACUUUUUAUUAUGAGAUUUUUGUGUUUGGGUAAUUCAAUGCUUCAUCAUCUUCUCGCUAACUUGCAGCAACUCUUUGUAUCAUCACGUCUUACAUGUAUUUUGAAAAACAGGCUGCUCUGGAUGAUGAAGGUGUGCAACUUUUUUAUAAUGACAUUUUUCUUUGAUUCAUUUUGAAUAUUAACAUAUGUCGAUAUAAUGUUGUGAAAGGGUCUCUGGUAGUGAUUAUUUUCACAGUCUGUGCAGGCUUGUUGUUUUAGUUUUAAAACUAAAAUCAUAUUUGAUUUGUAGUUUCAGCAUUCUUAUCAACUUUAUUUUCAGCAGCAACAUGCAUCAACUAACCCACUGUACACUACCAGCUUUAAUAGCUAGACAUUUUUUCAGGAGUCUAAAUAAUAUUGCAACACUUAUCAAGAGGACUCGCACUUGUGAUGAUAAUGUUGUCCUGUUUGGAUGUGUAAGUAAGAAAUGUUUUGAUAACAAAAGUCAUACAUAAAUGUUUGAUGAUGAUGAUGAUGAUGAUGAUGAUGAUGAUCCUGUCCUGGCUGCUUCUUUUGGUUUUGGUUAAUAAAUCCUUUUAGUGUUUCA